AUGUCCAACGACUCCACCACUCGCGCAACUCUUGUCGGCAUCAUGCCCGAGCUAAGAAAUGAGAUCCUGCGCCUGCUACUCGAAGCCGCCAAUCUCCCACAAGAAAGCAAAGACGGCAAGAAUCCGGACACAUACGCCUAUAAAAUCCCCCAGAAAGUCAUCCCGCUGGCUCAAGUCAACAAGCAACUGCGCCGAGAGCUCCUUCCUCGCCUCUUUCACGGCAGGCGAUUCUCCUUCGUCAACACGAGAUUCGACACCUACAGCACGUUCAUGAUGCCGCGCGAUUGUCUCGCCCAGUGGUUCAACAGCUUCGGCGGCGGGCUCAGAUACGUGCGCUCAAUGACGAUUGUUACGCCGACGAGGAAUGGGUACUAUGACAGCCCGCGGUACCAGUCGAAUGGAAUAACUCGCCAUGACUAUCAGCUCAGAAUUGUGAUCGACGGAGAUUAUUUCUACCCGCAACUGCAGUCUGAGGUUGGCGUUACGCUCGAGAUUAAGCACAUGACCGAAGUCCAGGCUGUGGAAAUGGCUCUAGGAGGAGUCCGCGAAUUGAUCAUACGGCGAUUUGCAGAAGUGGGAAGAGUUUUGGAAGAGCGGCCAGGGGUUAUUCGUGGUGAAAUAGAAGAUCCCAUCGUUUGCUUGAAGGUGCCUUCGGAGCCCUCCCUGCUGAACUUAGCGAUUCAGUCCUCGAACCUACCAGUCGCCAUGACACUGCAAUAUCCGUUAAGCAUAAUAUUGGAUCUGCCACGCUUCGUAUCCAUCAUGCACGCCAACAAAUUUCUCCGCCGAGAAGUCUGUACCCUCGCUUACAGCAACGUCAACCUCUCCAUCACGGCCCGACUAGGAUACAUCCUUGCCAUCAUCCCGCAAAAGCUCCGAGAGGCCGUUCCAAUCUGGGCCCGAUACGUCCAAAGCGUCUCGGUGGAGGUGCCUUUGAAAUUGCCCUACUUCGAGCUGCCGAAGUGUGGUCGGUAUGGAGCACCGUUCAAGAUGACCCUCCAAUUCUAUGUUGGUGGUGAUGGAGGGUACCGCAUUUUUGGCGACUGCGAGUAUCAGGGGACUCUUUCGCAGAGGGCGGAAGCUAGGAAGUGGAUUGAAGUCCGGUGCAGAGAUUUGAAGCGGAUCAUGCUUGGUGCGCUGGAUGGAGGAACCUUCAGUUUUAGACAGGAAUGGGGAUCUCCGUUCAUACGGUUCGUGUAG